UCGACAUCAGUGUCCAGCAGCUGGACCUCAACAUGUCCUUCAUCAUGUUUACCAAAGCUGGUUCUCUGUGUUUGAUACUUCUUACACUGAUGAAAGGAGUUUUUCUCUUGACAUGUAGGUUUUCUAACUUUAGUGAAAGCCUGAGUAAAGAAGAAAAUGGCUAUAUCAAUAUCAACUACACCAUCAACAUUACCACAAGUCCUGAUGUUAGAGGCUCGUUUAACGCUCUUUAUACGGUUUGUGAAGGAAACUCUGUGAAAACUGUAUGUGUAUUUAUUUACGACAAAGACUUUCACACCGAGCUUAAGGACUUGAGUGGGGGGACAGGAGUCACCUGCUACUGGGAACAACGACACGUGAGCAGCUCUGUGGUGGCUUUAGACAUCUACAUCUCUCAGGUCGUCACCAGGUCACUGAGUGCGAUGAAAUUCUCUACUGGCAUAGAUACGAGACCCAAACCUACCCGACUGAUACGUGUUGAGGUGUUGUACCCACCAAAGGUCACAAGUCUUACUGUGGGUGGAGAAGACUUUGCAAGUCCUUACUUCAUUAACGAGGGCCAGGAAGUUGACAUUUUCUGCUCCUUCGAGAAAGGAAAUCCUCCGGCUACUUUCAAGCUUCUUGAUAAACAUGGACAAGUGUUAAAAUCUGCUGGUAGUGAUGGAUACCUUAGUUAUUCACUUACUGCCCAGUGUGAAGACUACUGGCCGAUAGUCAGGUGUGAAGGAAGUGGCUCCAAACAGAACAGAUCCGUCACGUUCUUCGCCAGGUGUCCUCCUCAGUUUGUCGACAACUCCAUGAAAAUCGUCAAUCUACAAACAUUUCAAGUCAUUACCUUUCGUGUCAAGACUCACACAACACUCGUUGCCUGCCUCUUAACACCAAUGGGUAUAGACAACAAUGUCACGAGGGUGGUUGGCUGCAUCCUAAGUGGUCAGCCACCUGAUCUCCUUCUGACCGUCCAUCUUCACAAAGAAAGCAACAUUAGUCAAGGGAAUUGGUCGCUGAUUCUUCGAAAUGAAUUUGGCUCUGCAAGAACGACACUGAUCAUCACUUAUGAUCCAGGGUAGAUGCCGGACCUG